UUGGGAAGAGGAUCGUGAAGUCAACCACCUCCACUGUCACUCUAACUGACCUCCACCGUCGAACACUCUUUCUCUCUCUUCAUAAACACACAUCCAUUUCCAUUAAUAAUAAAUACGCCCACCUUCCCCCCUCAUUUUCCCGGGGAUUGCUUCUCUUUCACUCCCUCUUUCUAAACUAAGCAUCCAAACCUAACUUUUUAAUGCAAAACAUUCUCUAGCUCCUACUUUUAUCAAUUUGUAUCACAUUUUUGCUCUUCUCUCUUUCAAUUUGAUGCUACACCUCCCUUUCUCUCUCUUUCCUUUCUUGAUUCCUAGGGUUUUGACGGUUGAUUAGCUGAUUUUGAUUUGUUCUAUUUUGUCAUGGAUAUGGCGGAGCAACCUAAAGCUCUACCUAGUCCUAUGACCUUUGAUGAAGCUUCUAUGGAGCGUAGCAAGAGUUUCGUCAAGGCUUUACAGGAACUCAAGAAUCUAAGACCCCAGCUUUACUCUGCUGCUGAAUACUGCGAGAAGUCUUAUCUUCAUAGUGAGCAGAAACAAAUGGUACUGGACAACCUAAAAGAUUAUGCUGUACGAGCCCUUGUCAAUGCUGUUGAUCACCUAGGCACUGUUGCAUACAAAUUGACCGACCUUCUUGAGCAACAAACUUCAGACUUGUCAACCACAGAGUUGAAAGUAACAUGUCUAAACCAGAAACUUCUCACUUGCCACACGUAUAUGGAGAUGGAAGGCCUUAGACAGCAGCAACUUUUGGCAAUUAUUCCACGACAUCACAAACGCUAUAUAUUACCAAACCCUGUCAACAAGAAGGUGCACUUUAGUCCUGCUGCACAGACUGAUCCUAGGCAAAUGCAUGUCCAGGCGAGGCCUCGUGUUCAUCCUUCAGGUUCACCUGGAAAGACUCUUUCUUGGCAUCUUGGCUCCGAAACAAAGUCUCCCUUGAAAGGGAAUCAUAAGACUGUUUUCAGCGGCUCUGAAGUCCAAAAGGCUUCUCCUAGAUCUCCUGCAGUAUUCCAGCUCCUAGAUAAUGAGGAUGGUAUUCGGGCUAAGUCAUCGGGGUUCCAUGCACAGCUUCCCAGUGGAGAUUCAGCUGGGGCUUCUUUGAAACCAUAUGGUGUUAUGCCUAAGGAUUCGGUGACAGUCUCCAAGGCCGUGGCACCAUUCAGGUCUUUUGACAACUCCCGGCAAGCGAUCGUUAAGGCCCCUCCUGUUCGCCACAAAAGUAUGCUUUCAGCUUUCUUUGUCAAACAGAAAACACCGAAGCUCAGGACCGGUAAAGUGGCUUGAGAGGAGUUUCUAAGAGUUGCCACGUCUGAUAUCAGAACUUCAGAAGUACAGAAACCUUGAAUUCAUUGACUGGAACCUGAUUGAGGCUUCCAUUUUACUUACCUUUCUCAUUUUGCUUGCCAAUUACUACGUAGGUGGUUUAUAUCCUUUUAUUAGUAGUUUUAUAGAUGAAAGAUAUUGUCAACAGUGAAUUUCUUUGUAAAAAUAAAAUAAAAUCCUACUGCACUCCUGUAAGUCUGUAACCUACCAUUGGAUGCUUGUAAAUCUAAUAAUUUGAUAGUAUCCCAUUUGUAUAA